AGAUAUGAGGUGACUCUAUAGCUGACUGAACUGAAGACAGAAUCUCAACCAUGGGGAAGCGGUACGACUGUGACCGGCCCUUUCAGGACAACGUACACAACAGGAAAAAACACAUGUACGGUGUUCAACACCACAGAUCUAAAACAAAAGCCUGGUUUGACCAUUUCAGAGGAAAGAAAUGUCAUAUCCCAAGAGUUUCACUAUCCUCUGAUGAACGGACUAAGAAACCAUGCAGGAGGUUUCUAAAGACAGGCCAGUGUGUGUUCGGCAACAACUGCAGAUUCUCUCACAUGUCAGAAAAUGAAAUGGAGAACCUAAGAAUGCAGAAUGAAGACCCAGAGCACAGAGCAUCCCCUGAGCGGAGCAUAGAGGACUCAGAGCACAGAGCAUCCCCUGAGCAGAGCAUAGAGGAGUCUCUUACCAGGGGGGAGAAGAGGAGAGCCACCCUCAGCAGUGGAAGUGUUUUGAAAGAGGAAGAUGAUGACGAUCAACCAGAGAAUGAUAUACCACCACAUUUCCUCACAAUUCCUGACCUCUCUCCCUCAAUUCGGCCCCCUCACCCUAGUGGAUCGAAAGUCUGGCUGAACUGAAUGGGGUUAACUAAAGGAGAUUCACCAUUUUAUUUCUCAAAAGUUCCAUUUGGUGAUGCAAGAAUUGAUCAUUUAUUUUUAUUAAGCCUCAAACUUUUACUUGAUGAAGGUGAGGGUAUUUUGUUAUCUUCAUAUUUGAAUUGAGUUUCUUCAUUAGUCUACAUUAGUCUUAUGAGUUAUGUGC